AUGGAAGUGGCAAACAAUGUCACUGAGUUCACAUUCCUGGGACUUUCCCAAGAUCCUAGAAUGCAGCUGAUAUUCUUUGCCCUGUUCUUCCUCUUCUACGUAGUGAUUAUGGUGGGAAAUUUACUCAUUUUGCUUACAGUCUUCGCUGAUGCCCGACUCCAUACCCCCAUGUACUUUUUCCUCUGGAACCUGUCCUUUGUGGACCUUGCCUACUCCUCCGCCACGGCACCCAAGAUGAUUGCAGAUUCUCUUUCCGAGAAAAAGACCAUUUCCUACUGGGGCUGUAUAACGCAGAUGUUCACCUUUCACUUUUUUGGUUGUGCGGAGAUUUUUGUUUUGACCGUCAUGGCUUUUGACCGCUACACUGCCAUCUGCCAGCCUCUCCGGUACACCACCAUCAUGAGUGCUAAAGCUUGCACCUCGCUGGCGUCCCUGUCUUGGCUGGGGGCCCUCGCUCAUUCCUUUGUCCAGACCCUCCUGACCUUUCAGCUGCCCUUCUGCAGCGCGCAGGCCAUAGACCACUACUUCUGUGACGUCCACCCAGUGUUAAAACUUGCCUGCGCCGACACAACCCUCGUAAAUGGGCUGGUGGUUGCCAGCAGUGGCCUUGUCUCCCUGGGCUGUUUCCUCAUUCUUUUGGCCUCUUACAGUGUCAUCCUGUCUCAUCUUCGCAAGCGGUCAGCAGAGAGCCGGCGCAAAGCUCUCUCGACCUGUGGCUCUCACCUUACUGUCGUCACUUUCUUCUUCUUCCCUUGUAUCUUCAUUUAUCUUCGCCCAUCCACCACUUUCUCACUGGACAAAGCUGUGUUUGUGUUUUACACCACUAUCAGCCCAAUGCUAAACCCGCUCAUCUACACUCUGAGGAAUGAGGAUGUGAAAAGCGCCAUGAAGCGAUUGUGGAUUCGAACAAUCAAAAGUGAUAAAGAGGGGAAGCUUCAGGAGGAAGACAUAACAAUUAUUAUGUUGUCUUGA